AUGGCUGGCCUGAAGGCUCCACUCCUGGCUGCCCUCAUCCUCCUUUCGGUGAUGCUUCAGGCAACCGACGCAGGGCCCUAUGCUGCCAAUGUGGAGGACAGCAUCUGCUGCCGGGACUUCGUCCUCCGACCCCUGCCGCCGCGUGUGGUGAAGAGCUUCUACUGGACCUCGGACUCCUGCCGCAGACCUGGAGUCGUCUUGCAAACCUUCAAGGAUCGGGAGAUCUGCGCCAACCCCAAAUUUCCGUGGGUGAAGAAGAUUCUCCAGAGGUUGAGCCUAUGAGGAGGCACCAUGAUGACCAUGCCUGGCUUCUCCAGGCAGGCUCGCCAAGCCCUACCUCUCCGCCAUUACAGCUGCUCCCCACAGAAGCCUGCGUCAGCAACUCUCUUUGAGCGCUCUCAUCUCCACCCCCGUUUGGCCUCUAUUGGACCUCCUCCCAGUCCCUCCUCUGUCCCACUGCAACCCGGGUUCAGGUCUUGCUCAGCCACUUCCUGACUCUCAAUGCUCUGAAGAGAUCAGAUCCUUGCCCUGGGCCCGACCCUCCAGAUCUGGGUGCUCUCCUUGCGCCCAGCCUGGCCCUGCUUCCCUUCCUGCAUGUUGGUCUGCAGUUUCUCAUUCUCCAACCCAAUGCUGCCCAUUUCUACUCUGGAGUCUUUCCAGGGCUGUUCUUGCUACCUACACAUGGCCAGGUCCCUUGCACUCCCAGGGUUUGCUCAGACCAACUAAUCAAGACAUUUUUUAGACUUCCCUGGCUCUUGGUCUACUCCUAUCUGGCCUGACCACAGUCUGCUCAGAAUUUUCAGGCUUUAGGGGCCCAUGCUUCUCAGCCCCACUUCUCAGAUCCAGGUCUCCAUC